CGCGCAUACGCCUAUCGGAUGAUGAUGGCGUCUGUUUCCGAUCUUCCUGCCUUUCCUGACCUCAAAUGUGCAGUCGACUGUAGUCCGUCGGAUCUAUGGAGUCUCAAAUGCUGGGGUAACAGAGUAGAUGAGUUGAGUAAAAGCGUAUUGUCUCUCAAAGAAUCUUUUACAAAUUACCAUACGUCUGGAAAGGCUCACAGCGAAGUAGCCAUUACUGUGGGCCAAACGCUUGGCCGGGCGGCCACUUUAUUCGGUGAUGAUGGCGCUCAGUCGGAACUUCUAACGAAAGCAGCCGAUUGUUUCAACCGCAUUGAGUGUUAUCGUGAUAUGAUGUUGCUCAACCAGACGACCACAAUGACAACGCAGUCCCUAGACGAAAUAACAAGAGAAUUCGAACAAACUAAAGCGUUGGGCAAGUUGCUUCAGGAUAGUCAAUUGACAAUGCAGGCAAAUUGGGACAAGUUUGCGAGCUGUCGUCAUGUAUCCCACCUUGCUGAACCAUCACAGCUACACAGAUUAGCCAGGGAUACAUUUGACGCCAAAUACAGAUACAUGCUGAUGUUGGCAAACUACGCAGAUGCAGUGAAAAAGUCACUUACAGAGAAGAGACUGAUAGUUCUACAAAAAAUUAUUGACCACAUGUUAGCUCAAUACUCAUUUUUCAAUUUUGGAUAUCAGGUGUUGCAUGACAUGGAGCCAUUUAUAAAUGAUUUGUUCGGAAAGAUCCAAACACAAACAAGUGAAGUAGAAGAAAUGUUGAAAAGAGAUCAUGCUGAGCGGCUUAGAGUCAGUCAUGAAAUUAAGCAGUUAUAUGAGACUGAUCUACUGGCUUAUCCACUUCACCUCCACACUGACAGCAUACCACAGUCUGGCCAACUGAAGAGUUCCGGUAGCCAAUCAAAGAGUUCUGGGCAAACAGGAAUAGAUGUGUCAGCAACUGUGCAGAAUUUUACAGGAAACAUUAAGCAAGGCUUACAGAAGCUGUUUCAUGGUGGUAAGAAGUCUGCUUCGGCAAAUGUCUCGGAAUAUGAGAUAAUAAAUUCUCCAACUCGACGGUCACCUCCCAGGCGUUCAGAGGAGGAAAAUGUUGAUCCUAAGAUAGCUCCACGAAGUGCUGACAAUUCACCACUUCCGUUUCGUCGUCGGACAAUUCCAAUCAAGAAACAGACAUCUAGACCUCAUCUAAAAACAGCUCAGUUGUCUGUUGGACAGUUAACUGAAGAGAGCAGUGCAUCUUCCAUAGAAAACAUAAAUGGGAGUUCUGAAAAUGUUGAACUAAAUACUGAAACUGCUGAGAACACUGUUGCAGGUGUUGUUAACUUGGCUGAUAAAGAGACUAAGGAUGAACACAGUGAUGAGCAGUCAACUGGAGAUGGUUGUGCAACUACCAACUCUCAAGGAAUUAUACAUAGUGAUGGUUUAGGUUUUGUAGAAUCAGAGGAGGAAGAGCAAGACACAAGAAUUGACGACAAACUUAAUGCUUCUUGUCAGACGUUGCAAGAUGUGCAGUUGAUUAUUCCUGUUUCUGAUAAUGCACAAGAUAUGGACAAGAGUUUCAUAGACCAGAGUGAAGAACAGAACGUUCAGAUCCAUGUACACAGCACAGAACAAGUUUCUCAGGCUGAUCAAGAUGUCAGCGAAACAGCUGAUGACAUAGAGACUGCAAAGGUUCUCAUGCAAGGAUACCUCCGUCUGCAUCACAAAGUGCAGGGAAGAUCGAAAUGGCCACCUGUGUUUUGUAGCAUUGUAUUACAGAAUGACAGUUGGCUGAUGAUGGCGCUGUCAGAUGGCAGGACCAAUCCUGUUGAAUUAGACAAUCUUUUGCUUUGUGCAGUCAAACCUUGUUUGCCCUCAGAAGUAGAUCGAAACUAUUGUUUUCAACUCAUUUCACCAAGAACAGAAAGAUAUUUUCAAGCCUUUACUGCUGCUAACUUGCAGCAAUGGAUGAGUGCUUUGCAGGAGGCGAUCACAUCUGCUAUUGGAAGCAGGCAAUUUCGUCUUCAGCCGAGUGAGCAGUCAGAAGCUCAAGACUUGGUAAAGAAUGCGUCAGAGAGGAUUCAUGCGGUACCAGGGAAUAGUGUUUGUGCAGACUGCACAGCAGAGGAUCCCGAAUGGGCUAGCAUCAAUCUCGGUGUAGUUAUUUGUAUUGAAUGUUCAGGAGUUCAUCGCAGCUUAGGUGUACAUAUCUCCAAAGUUCGAUCUUUGGUGCUGGACAGUUGGGAUGAGGGUAGUGUUCAGUUUAUGGAGUCACAUGGCAAUGCCAGGAUAAAUGCUUACUACGAAGCAAAACUAGGAACGGAACCGUUUGAUUCACUACCGCGUCCAACCGCUACUACUAACACGUAUGAGCGGCAGGCAUUUAUCAGAAUGAAGUACGUAGAUCGUAACUUUGUCCAAGAUCCCGUCAUGAAUGUGACUGAUCUCGAUGAAGCAGUCGGCUCGAGUGGAAUGAGACAUACUUCAAGUGGUGGCCAACAACAGGACGAUGACAGUCAGCGGAAAGCGACAAAACGGAAAGAACCCGGGAGACAGUUCAGCAAUCGAUUGUUGAACGUGUUGGGAGGUGCGAACUCGCUGAUGGACAUGGAAAACGAACUUCUGUGGGAGGAUGAAACAGAUUUCAGUGUACCACAGAGGAGUUUUUCGAGUUCAAGACUGAUAGUAAGCGCAAGCAGUCAAGAAGAUUUAACUGAUUCGUUGUGAGCUCUACGUGGAACAAUGAAUAUGUUAAGGUUUUGUAAUGUUCCUACCACACUUGUCACGUGAUCUUUGUAUAGUAAUAGUUGGGGAGGCUAAUGUAAUAGGACGCGCAGUCACUGGAGCGAGAUGAACCGGCGAUCGAUUGUGUUCUUUGUUCUGAUCUGACGGGUCAGCUUGUGCAAUUGGAUAUUUUUACACGCAGUACACUACGGCGUUAUGAGUAUUGCUAGUGGGUGUCAUUUACCUUAGCAUCAAUACAGGACUGUUACUACUACGUUAGUUUAGUUUCGCUCUUUAAAAUGGUUUGCAUACAGUUUGCCAGCUGCACAGUGCUCGUUCCAACUUGCUGACGUCCUAAAUGCGGGGGAAGAUGUUUCACUUUCUCUUUGUACCUUUUGUUUGUUUGCCAAAGCGAGAUGGAACAUGUGACUUGUACAUGUAAACUAUUAUUAGCAAGAAUUGUGAAAGACUGCGGUCGUUUACAACAAGCGGUUUUUGCUCAUUCAUUGCUCUUUGGAUUUGUUGUUAAUGAGAAUGAAACCGUUUCGUUGCUAUGAAUGGGUGGGUGUAGUUGAUUGCAAACUGUGUGGCCGGCGUAAACCGAUCGAUUCCAUAAACUAGUUUUAUUGGGUUUUUCUGACAAUUGCAAGUUUCAGAUCAAAUUGCGUGCGAGACUCGAAGCAAACACGUACAUUCAGCUGCGACUACGUACAGCAGGACUAUUUUGUCACUGCUCGGUCUGUUUCCUCUUUGUUGCAGGCAGACUCUGUGGAAGUGCCAUCAAGCAUGUACAUCGAUACGUCUGCAAUAGUAGUCACAGCACGGAUGUUGAGAGGCAGUGUGUGGAAUGGCGCAGUACGCCGCCACGACGAGGUAGCUGCGGUAGCAGCCGCCGUAGUAUGUGUGUACUUCUUGAUACGGUCCCUGUACGUCUCUGUCGCCGUAGGAUUUGGUGCCGUCACCCCAGUCCACCCACCAA